UAUGUUGGAUGGUAUUGGUGGUAUUAUUAAACGCGUGUAUAACGUGGUUAGGCAAUGUUUUGAAUCCAGUCUUCCAACAAAGUCUUUGCUCAAUAAUUUUGCGUCAAAUGGCCGAAUCAAAUAAAGUAAAGAUAAAGGAAGGAUCCGCCGAGAUAUUGUCUGAAGGUCAUGUAUUCUACAAUCCAGUACAACAAUUCAAUCGAGACCUGAGUAUCUGUGUGCUGAAUGCAUUUUCAAAACAAUAUCAAACUGAAUUGAAAACAAGGAAGAAGUCAGCUGCGGCAGAUGUGGUGGUUGCCAUUCCGAACGAAGAUGACCAAUGCCAAGUUGGUGUAAAGUGUGAGACUGGCCUCAACAUUCUCGAAGCUUUGUCAGCCACAGGUCUACGAAGCAUUAGGUAUGCUAAAGAAGUGCCUGGCAUCAAGACAAUAAUGGCAAAUGAUUUGUCCAUCGAAGCGGUUGAAUCGAUCAAGGAAAAUGUGAAAAACAACGGAGUUGACCAUCUGGUCGUUCCGCAUAUGGCCGAUGCCAAGGUUCUAAUGUACACAUCAAUGUCCGACGAGAAACGUUUCAAUGUAAUCGAUUUGGAUCCGUACGGCUCACCCAGCCGUUUUCUCGAUGCUACAGUACAAAGUGUGUCAGAAGGAGGACUACUUUUAAUCACCGCUACUGAUAUGGCUGUUUUCUCUGGUAGCACGCCUGAGGCAUGUUUCGUAAAGUAUGGCUCGAUUCCGCUAAAGGCGAGGUGUUGUCACGAAAUGGCCAUCCGCAUUCUGCUCCACACCAUCGAAACUACAGCCAAUCGCUACGGCAAGUACAUAAAACCAUUGCUCAGUGUAUCGGCCGAUUUCUACAUUCGAGUGUUUCUACGAGUGUACAGCAGUCCGUUGAUGUGCAAACGGUCCAGCAGCAAACAGUCUUGGGUAUAUCAAUGUACCGGUUGUGAUACGUUAACUCUCCAGUCAUUGGGAAUAAUCAAACCAAAUCCCAGCCAAUCGAAUCCGAAUCAGGUCAAGUUCGGUAUACCAACCGGACCGGCGGUGAACAGUCACUGUGCUCACUGCAACCACAGACAUCAUACGGGCGGUCCUAUUUGGAGUGCACCAAUACACGAUGCAGAAUUUUUGGCGUUGUUAAUGAGCACCAUACAAACCGAACGGCUUAAAGCACUGGUAACGCAUCCGCGAGUUCUUGGUAUGCUUAGUGUCAUCCAAGAAGAACUUCACGAUGUGCCACUCUACUACGACAUCGGGAAAUUGUGUUCGAUUUUGAAGCUGGAAAUGAUGCCUGUGCUUACGUUGAGAUCGGCUCUACUGCACGCCAAGUACAGGGUGUCAUUUUCGCAUGCAUGCAGACAGUCUCUGAAGACCGACGCCCCGAUGGAAGUCGUGUGGGACAUUUUAAGAUGCUGGGAAAAAUUGCAUCCGGUGAAGAAGGAUCGUUUUUUGAAUGGCACCUCAUUGAAAGCAAUCUUAGAAAAGGAGCCGUCCAACGAGUACAAUUUGGUUGAUAUUCAUCCGGAAGCGAAUCCGGAAAGCAGGAAGAAAUCGUUGGCCAGAUUUCCUGAGAAUCCUGCAGCACACUGGGGACCCGGAACCAGAUCAACGUUAAUGGUAAGCGAUAAUAAGAUGCUUAAGAGCAUUCGCAAUCAAAAUAAAAACAAGAAACCAAGGAACGUUGGAGACGACUUGCAAAACCUUACAAUUAAGCGACAGAAGAAGGAUGAACCCACAACAGAGGUGGAGGGACCUUCAAUUUCAAUGGACGAUAAAUGAGCAUUUUGUACAAAUAAAAUUGUAAAAUUGAAACAAACUGA